AUGGAUUAGAUUGAUAUGACAAAUAUUUUAGAAAAUCAAUCUCCAAAUAUAAACGAGAUUGAUGAUAGUAAUUAAAAAUUAUAAAAUCGUGCUGAAAAUGAAGCUAGAUUUAUUACGAUUGGAGACAUUUUGGGAUAGAAUAAAUCACAUUUAAAUAUUAAAAGUGAUUUGACUAAUAGAUAAUAAUCUUAAUACAUAGAAUAGAAUGUGAAUGACAUUAGUUGCGAUAUUUCGAACAAAUCAUAAUUAUAUAUAUCUAAUGUACAAAUUUAGAAUAUUAAAUUGGCUCAGGUAUAGGAUUAGUACAUUCUUGAUUCAUCUAAAAAUUAAAUUUUACAAAAAGAAAACACAUAUCGUAAAAAUGAAAUGGAUAAUUCUUAACUUUAUGAAAAUAGUUAGUAAAUAUAGUUAAACGUUUUAAAUUAGGAAGAAUAAUAAAGAAUAAAGCAGGGCACAUAUUAGCAUAAGUUUAAUUAACUUAAUGAAUAAAAAAGGGAAAGAUAAAGGACGAAAAGUUUAUAAAACUCUAUCUAAAAGUAGAGUUAUUAAGUGUAAUAAAAAAAUGGAUUUCUAACACACAAACUAAAAUAUAUUCGCAAAUUUGUACUAAACAUGAAAAAGUUAUCUAAAAUUUUAACUUUUAAGAAUUUGGAAGAAACAUAAUUUAACAUGAUUGGUGAUGUUUCAGCUUUUUAUAAGUAUUAUAUUGUAAAAAAUUACAUUCAAAGGAAAAAGGAGAUGUAUUAGAAUGGGAUUAUUAUAAGAGACAGAAAAAUUAUAUUUGAAUAGAACUUUUGGAAUAUGAUGAAAGACCUAUCUAUAUUUAUAAUGUAUCGAAUUUCUAGAUAUGACUGUUUUGAUAAUUAAAUUAUCUGCUACUUAGAUUAUACUGUCUUUAUUAAAUACCUAAGCAUCCCAUCAAAGUUUUAAGAGUUUGAAAUCAAACUUCAAUUAAAUAGUUCUUUUAAAAAUUGGAUAAAGCUCCUAAGACUAGAACUGUAUGUAUUAAUGCUUGCUCAUAUCAGUUGCUGCAUAUACUUAUCGAUUGGUAAAGGUGAAGCAUAAAACUAAAUAAACUGGAUCACUAAAAAUAGUUUAUAAGAUAUGUCUAUAUCAUAACAAUAUAUAUUCUCAUUAUAUUAUAUGAUAAUAACAAUUACAACUACUGGCUAUGGCGAUGUUUAUCCAACAAAUAACUGUGAAAGAAUCUUUAUUAUGAUAGUUGCUUUGAUUGCCACAAAUAUAACUGCUUAUUCUUUUUCACAAAUAAGCGAAAUAGUCUCUUCAGAGUCUCGCAAGAAAGAAAAAAUAAAUCAAGAAAUGUUAGGCAUAAAUUAUUAAAUGAAAGCUAGUGGAUUAUCAAUGAAUUUACAAUAAAAAGUAAGGAAAUUUUUUGAAUAUAGCCACUUUUAGAACAAUAAAUAGUUAAAGAAUUCAUAUGACAUUCUUCAUUAAUUACCUAUUCAUUUAUAGGAAGAAGUUUUGUUGGAAAUGAACAAAGAUAUUUGUUAGAUAUAAAUAUUCAAAAAUUUAUCUCACGAAUUUUAAAAAAAGCUGAUUUUAUCAAUUAAACAAAAACAAUGCUCACCUGAUGAAAUAGUCAUUAACUAGUAAGAUAAUGAUCAGUGUUUUUAUUAUAUAAAUCAGGGAGAUUUAGAAUAUUAGACAAUAUUAAGAUGCAAAGAUAGCUAAAGACACUACUCAAAUGAUUCAUUUAAAUUAAAGAAGAAAGAUUGUUUCGGUUAUGAAGGUUUUUUGUUAUAAGAAUCUAGUCCUUAUACGGUAAAAUCGUUAAGCUACUCAGUCAUAUCGUAUAUAGAUAGGAAUCACUUUUAAUCCAUUUUAAAAGAAUUUCCUUUAGAUUAUGAGAAAUUUAGUUAUUUUAAAGACAAAUCUAUAUUUGACUGCAAAACUUAAAAUAUUAGACUAAAAUGUUUAUCUUGUGGAUAAAAUCAUCACUAUUUAAGUAAAUGUCCUUAUAUUACUCUAUCUGCAAAGUACAAACCUGAUAAAUAAAUUAACCAUAGAAAUUAGAACUAUUUAAGAAGAAAAGAAAAGAAAAAUAAUACUUUUAAGAAUUUGAAUAAUUGCUAAGAAUAAGCUAUGGAUGCUAUUGCUGUUAAUGAUGAAUCUUUUAUAUAUGAUGCAUUUUCAGCUUUUAAAAAUUCUAAUUCAGAAUAAUAAAUAACAGAAGAGUCUGAGUCAGAUACAGAUACAGAUUAAAAUUAAAUGUCAAACAUAGUUAAUAGCAACAUCAUAAAUUAAAUUGAUUUAGACCCUUUAAAAGAAACAAAAUCUUCUCAACAAAAAAAUACCUGUUCAUCAAAUUAAAAUUCAAAUAAGAAAAGUUUUUUUAAUAGUUAACAAACUUCUGAUUGCAAUAUAGCAUUAGAAUCACCCAUAAAAGAAUAUUAAAAAGGGAUAACUUUAAAAUUUAAAAGCCAUCUUAAUUUUAAUCAAGAAGACUUUUUAAAAUAAGAAUAUAACGAAGAAAAUGUUUCUCUAUCUCAAAAUUAGAUCAUUUUAAUCCAAAAUUAAUCACUUUAACCUACUUCUUUCCAAAAGGAUAUUUAAAUAACAAAUUAAUCAUACAAUACAAAUUCUAAAUUCUUAAAAAGUGUAGAAUAAAUUAAAAGCAGAGAUUCUAUUUUUAUUGAUGAAAAGAAUUAAAAUAGUGAACAAAGUGUAUUCAAAAAAGAAGAUGAAUUAAUUGACAAGAACACUGUUAGCAUAUAAAAUAAUAUUUUCAAAUAAAUAUCAUCCUAAAAUAAUAAUGGAAAUAUAUUUAAAGAAUAAGAAAAGGAAUUGAUUCUUCUAAAGUAAACAUUUGAAAAAAGAUAAUAGAGGAGUAAGCAAGUUUAUGAAGAGCUAAGCUAAAAUGUGAAAAGUAGAAUAUAAUUUUAGCAGAUCAAAGAUAGGAUUACUCCUUAAAAUUCAAUAGAUAAAACUCAUGAUACUUUAUCACCAUUCUAAAAAGCUGUAAGUAUAAUAUCUGAAUAAGAUACAAAGGAUAAAAGUAAACAUUUCCUAAAAUAAGUGUAUGAUGCAAUUAAGUCAGCACAAUAAAGCCAACAUCAAAAGCCUUAAUCUUUUUAAAGUUACAUUUCUUAACUAGAUAAGAAGCUUGAUAAAAAGCAAACAAACCAAUACAAUUAAUCAAUAAAUAAUUAAAAUAAUACCAAAUCUACAGCUAUAAAAUUAAACCAAUUGAAUGUCAAUAGUAAUUUUCAAGAUAAUGGAGAUAACACUGGCUAAAAUAGUAACGAAGAGUAGUAGCAACUAACGGAAUUUAAAAUUAGAUGUUAAGUUAACCUUUAAGAAUUGGAUUUACUAGUUGUUAGAAAACAAUAUCUGUUAUAAUAGUAAAAAAAUUUAAUUAGUGACUAUAUAGAAGUACCAGAUAAUGAAUUAAAUAUUGAUAUUUUUAAAAAUUACACUCAUUAUUACUAAAACAAUAAUCUCAAACCUGUUUUAGCUUCAUUUAGAUUUUGGUAAUUGAAAAAAUAAAGGUAAAAUCCUAAAACUCAAUAAUCUCAAAAAAGGAAGACAAAACUUAAAAAGACCACUAUAGUUCCAAAUAUUUAAUUCAAUUCAAAUCAAAAAUAAAAACUGUUUCCAAAAAAAUGA